UCAGUCAGACGGUGGAAAGUAAAAAAGAAAAGUAUGAAGAAAAAUAUCCCAACGGGCAUCUCCAACAUGGCAUGGAUCUUGAAAACAAAUUCAAUUGAAGUUGGAUCCUCGGGCCGGGCUGUUCCAUCCUUUGCAGCCACUACAACUCGACGACAUCAGCAGGACGAAAGCCAACGGCGAUCCCACCAGCCUCCCGAGAGGCUUCGAGAAGCCAGAUUUCACUGGGCACUGGCCUGGCCAUCUGAACUUUGGUAUAGAGAUAUUUCCUCGCAAGACUUGGUGACGUCGAGAGCAGCGAUGUCUUCUAGCUAUCGGGCAUUGCCGAGUUUGUGGGUGGGUUGAGUUCGUGUCUCGGUUCAGCUCCUCUGGAUUGUGAUGCUUGAGUUCCCUGCCUUCGCAAGCUUGGCUUGGUGCUGGCGUGGAGGUCAUUCCUGCACCUCCGUCUACACAGCCUUGGCGAGGACAUCUCCCAUUCUCACGCCUUUUCUCCUCAGUGCUGGGGCCCCUGGUGCUCGAUAUACAAAUGAGGACAUGAC